GUGGACAGCCAGUUACAACAUCAUAGCGCGUCUUCUCACGCUGUUACUUUUGUUAUUUUCUACCUACAGCUCUGCGUCAGCGCUAGAUAAAGUCGCUAGCUAGUUGCUAGGCGCAAGAUCUAAGACAGUGUGAUGUUAAAAUCAAAAAAGACCGUGGAUUCGGAGAGCUAGUUAGCUGUUAGCGGCGUGUGGAACUCCUGUGAUGCUAGCAGCUAAUGGAGCUAAUGUAGCAGUUAACAACAAAGUGUCUCCACUCAUGUUGUUACCAUGGUUACCUCUCUAGCCACAGAGCUGUUAGUGCUAAUUACUGUUGCUAGUUAACUACUUGAUGCAAUAUCUAACACACAAAAAGUGAGUAAUUGAAAAAAAACACUGAGUAACUGAUAACGCUACGUUGUGAACAACGAGUAAAUGAAGUUGGCGGUCAGCUGGGGAGUGCAGAGAGAGGAGUGGAGGGUCUGGCCUCGGGACCCCGGAGAGGAGGGAGUGAUUCGCCAGAGGAGGCUGGUGGUUCUGCUGCUGUUGUUGAGGGCAAAGGAAGGAGACGUACAUGGAUCUGAAGCAGAUGAUGAGAGUCCAGAGUAGAUUAGAGUCGAGUUGGCUCAGACUGAUCCGAUGCCUCCGGAGCAGAUGACGGACCAUGUGGCCACUGGUGAGCUGUGACAUCACUGUGACAUCGUGGACGGUGACAUCAAGGAGCCGGUUCUGAUUUUGUGGUUUUCACCUGAAGUUGUGCAACCUUUCUGCAAGAUCUGUUUGUCUCUCUCAAGAUAUUCGCUGUUUUUUUUUUUACCGGGGAAUACAGUCAGAGACGAUGGAGACUCUUUCCCAAGAUUCGAUCCUGGAGUGCCAGAUCUGCUUUAACUACUACAGCCCCCGACGGCGGCCCAAACUCCUGGACUGCCGUCACACGUGCUGCUCGGUGUGUUUGACCCAGAUGCGCAGCAGCCAGAAGGAGAUCCGUUGUCCCUGGUGCCGUGGCGUCACCAAGCUCCCGCCAGGACUGUCCGUCUCCCAGCUCCCGGAUGACCCGGACAUCAUCACCGUCAUCGCCAUCCCUCACGCCUCUGAGCACACGCCAGUUUUCAUCCGCCUCCCCAGCAACGGCUGCUACAUGCUGCCACUGCCAGUCGCCAAGGAGCGGGCGCUCGGCCUGCCGGGGGAGCUGGGAUGUCGCUUCCUGCCCGGCGGGCAGCAGAAGGGGGUGACGGUGGUGACCGUGCCCGAGCAGCAGCCUCUGGGGCUGGGUAUGGCUCUGGAGGGUGUGGGGAUGGGGCUGGAAGGAGGCGAGGGGGAAAGGAGAGUCACCGGGCCGGUGGGCGGAGGGGGGAAGGGCUCCACGUGGUCCGGCGUGUGCACGGUGAUCCUGGUGGCGUGCGUGCUGCUCUUCCUCCUGGGCAUCGUGCUGCACAACAUGUCCUGCAUCUCCAAACGCUUCACUGUCAUCUCCUGCGGCUGAGGGCGAGGGGAGGCUGCUCGGACUGCCGCGGACCCCCCCUGGAUUCCCCCACUGGCCCUGCCUCUCCUCAGGGCGGGACUCUGCCGAGGAGAGGGGACUAAACUCACAUCAUGGGCAUCUAAGGAAACUGCAGAGCAACGUAGGGAGAACAGAAGAAGAAGAGGGCAGGGAGGAGAUCCACAAACGGCCGUUGUGGCCAUUUUGUUUUAUUGAAAUGACUGAAAUUAAAAUGGAAAUACAGAAACAAACCUUUCGUCUCAUCCAGCAGGUCCUGAAUAUCCCACUCUCCCCUUUCCCCGUCCUCCAUCUCCUCUGAAAGAACGCUUUGGGAAUUACUCCAGAAAUGUCUUUGGAUCGCUGAUAUGUUUUUGGCUGCGAGCCGAUUUGACACUCGCACUGUCUGUGGUUUGUAGAAGUACAUCAGUUAUCAUAGUGUUGUUUAGCUGAGUGUAGGUUCUGAGUGCGGCCGGCGCCUCCAGCUGGUGCUGCGGUACAAAGAGUUCAGACUUAGCUGCUCUUCGUUCUCUGGUGCUGCAGGAAUUAACUGUGCAGGAUCCCACUUCUGGCCCCGCGUCUGAAUCAUCUGGGAAACUUUAAAAAUCAACACAGCUUUCAUUUUUCUUUUUUUCUUUUCUUUACACAACCUGCUCCUGUUCAGAACAAACUGUUGAGAUGGGCUCUGUGUGGUUUGUAAAGGGACUGUUGUCAGAAAAAGAGAUAAAAAAAUGGAUUGUAUUGUUCAUUCGUGCCAGCAUAUUACAGGCCUACACUAGUAGUGAGUUGCUGUAUUAGGACUUACAAGCUGGAGAGUCCUGAGAGAUUGUUUGGCAAAAAAAAGGAUUAACAUUUGUUGUUUUUAGGUUCUCAAAUAUUAGAAUUUUCUCCUGUUUUCUGUUUUAUAUCAUUCUAAUUUCGAGAUCGUUCGGUUUGGGGCUGCUGGUUGGACAACACAACUAAUUUGAAGAUAACAAUUUGACUCUCAGAAUUGGCAAAUAUCACCUUUUCCUGACGGUUUCUUUAUAAAUGUUCCAAAGACUUUGUGCAGACUUACAGUGCGAUGCUAGCUGUCUGAAAAAUAUGAAAUUAAAAGUCUCAAAUACUG